CAAAGGGGCGGGGAAGCCGAGGCGCUGAGUAUUCUGGGGACUGUAGUUCCGUGGCCACAGCUGCGCACGCGAAUUGACCUGCUUGGCGACCCGGCCCGGCAGCGCCGGCGCCAUUGUUGGAAGUGUUCCCGCCCUGCUCUGCGAGUGCCCUCAGUUGUCCUCUGUUUGGCCGCCAGGAAGCAGUGACAUUUAAGGAUGUGGCUAUUGACUUUACAUUGGAGGAGUGGAGGCUGAUGGAUCCUACACAGAGGAACCUGCACAAGGAUGUGAUGCUAGAGAAUUACAGGAAUCUGGUCUCCUUGGGGCUUGCGGUUUCCAAACCAGACAUGAUAUCUCAUUUGGAGGAUGGGAAAGGACCAUGGGUGGUGGUGAGAGAAAUUUCAAGAGCCCCAUAUCCAGAGUUGGAGACCAAACUAGCAACCAAGGAUGUUGUACUCACAGAGGAUUAUUCUGAAGAAGACUUAUCACAGGGAACCAUAGUAGAGAAACUCAAAGAGAAUGGCCUAUGGGAUUUCAGUUUGGGAAGAUCAUGGAAAUGGAAUGACAGGAUAUUGAGAUUGCAAAAUAAUCAGGAGAGUCAUUUAAAUAAAAAAAUAGUUACACAUAAGAACACUCCCACUGGUCAAAGAGGCUUUAGGUUUGGAUCUGUUCUUUUUCCAGAGCCAGAAGUUAUCACAGAGGAGCCCCACAGCAAAUGUGAAACACAUGAAGACAGUUUCACAGAGAAUUUGAUUGCAGAUACCCAUUUGGAGAAGAAAAUCUGCAAGGAUACUGAAGGCAGCAAAGCCAUAAGGCAUACUUCAGAACUUACUUUCGAAAAGAAAACUAAUUAUAAAGAAAAGCCCUAUAAAUGUAGUACGUGUGAAAAAUCCUUUCGUUACAGGUCAUUACUCAUUCAACACCAGAGGACUCACACUAAAGAAAAACCUUAUGAAUGUAAUGAAUGUGGGAAAAUGUUCAGCCAACCUUCAUAUCUUAGUCAACAUAAAAAAAUUCACACUGGAGAAAAACCCUAUAAGUGUAAUGAAUGUGGAAAAGCCUUUAUUGCUUCUUCAUCUCUUAUGGUACAUCAGAGAAUUCAUACUAAAGAGAAACCUUAUCAGUGCAAUGUCUGUGGAAAAUCCUUUAGCCAGUGUGCUCGCCUUAAUCAGCACCAGAGAAUUCAAACUGGAGAGAAGCCCCAUAAAUGUAGUGAGUGCGGGAAAGCUUUUAGUGAUAAAUCAAAACUUUUAAGACAUCAGGAAACUCACACUGGAGAGAAACCUUACAAAUGUAAUGAUUGUGGGAAAGCCUUUAGGAAUAAGUCAUAUCUUAGUGUACAUCAGAAGACGCAUACUGAAGAGAAACCAUAUAAAUGCAAUGACUGUGGAAAAUCUUUCAAGAAUACCACAAUUUUUAAUGUUCAUCAGAGAAUUCAUACGGGAGAAAAACCCUUUAGAUGUAAUGAAUGUGGUAAAGCCUAUAGAAGUAACUCAAGCCUUACUGUACAUAUAAGAACUCAUACUGGGGAAAAACCCUAUGAAUGUAAUGAAUGUGGGAAAGCAUUCAACCGUAUAGCAAAUUUCACUGAACAUCUGAGAAUUCAUACAGGAGAAAAACCCUAUAAAUGUAAUGAAUGUGGGAAAGCAUUCAUUAAUUAUUCAUGCCUUACUGUACAUCACAGGAUGCAUACAGGAGAGAAACCAUAUAAAUGUAAUGAAUGUGGAAAGGCCUUCAUGCGUUCUUCAUCUCUUAUUAUACAUCAGCGAAUUCAUACUGAAGAGAAACCUUAUCUAUGUAAUGAAUGUGGGGAAUCUUUUAGAAUAAAAUCCCACUUAACUGUACAUCAGAGGAUUCAUACUGGAGAGAAACCAUAUAAAUGCACUGAGUGUGAGCGGGCAUUCACCAAAAUGGUAAAUCUCAAAGAGCAUCAGAAAAUUCAUGCUGGAGUGAAACCCUAUAAUUGUUACGAUUGUGGAAAAUCCUUCAGGACAAAGUCAUACCUUAUUGUACAUCAGAGAACACAUACUGGAGAAAAACCUUAUAAAUGUAAUGAGUGUGAGAAAGCUUUCACAAAUACAUCACAGCUUACUGUGCAUCAAAGAAGGCAUACUGGUGAAAAACCGUAUAAAUGUAAUGAAUGUGGGAAAGUUUUCACAAGUAACUCAGGCUUUAAUACCCAUCAGAGAACACAUACUGGAGAGAAACCAUUUAAAUGUAGUGACUGUGGGAAAGCAUUUAGCCAGAUGGUACAUGUUACAGAACAUCAGAAAAUACAUACUGGAGAGAAACCUUAUAAAUGUGAUGUUUGUGGAAAAGCCUUCAGGAGAGGUUCAUACCUUACAGUGCAUUGGAGAACACAUACUGGAGAAAAACCCUAUACAUGUAAGGAAUGUGGAAAAGGUUGUAUUACCUUAUCACAGCUAACUCUACAUCAGAGAAUCCAUACCGGAGAGAGGCCCUAUAAAUGUGAAGAUUGUGGAAAAGCUUUCAGAACUAACUCAGACUUUACUGUACAUCUGAGGAUGCAUACUGGAGAGAAACCUUACAAAUGUAACGAAUGUGGAAAAGCCUUUAGGAGUAGCUCAAGCCUUACUGUACAUCAAAGAAUACACCAGAGAGAAGCUCAAUUAAUAUAGAGAACAAUAAAUCAUUCAUCCAGAUGUCAACUCCACAAGAAGAAUUCUAUAAACUUUAUAUUUCAUGAAUGUGGGGAAAUCUUCAGGAGCAAUUCACCAAGAAAUAACAUUGAAGAGAUACCCUGUAAACAUAAUGAAUAUGGGAAAGUGGUCAAAUUAAAUCCUAGAGGCUAUAAAAAGAGUUACACUAGAAAAAAAAAAUGGACAAAUGAAAACCUUCAUCCAGAUUUCUUACUUUAUUUAUUCAACAAAUUAUCUUCUAUGAAUUGCCUAUACUUUUUCUUUUUCUUUUUUUUGCUAUUUUUCUAUUGGUUUCUGUCUUUUCUCAUCAAUCUGAAGAUGUUUCUCUGUUUUAGAUAUUAGUCCUUUGUCGUGUACUGCAGAUGUUUUUCUUAAUCUAGAAUUUGACUUUAUACUUUUUUUAUACAGCAAAGUAGCUCACAAAAUAUUUUUACUUUGUAUAGUAAAAUAUAUUUUUUCCUUUUUAUAUUCUUUACUCUUUUAGUAAAAAGGGUCUCUUUAAUCCCUAGGUUAUACAUGUUGUUAGUUGCUGUCGAGUUCACUCCGAACUUAUAGUGACCCUGUGUAUAACAGAACAAAGUGUUGCCCAAUCCUGCAUCAUCCACAGAAUCAUUGGUAUGUUUGAACCCAUUGUUGCAGCUGUUUUGUCAAUCCAUUCCAUUUACUGACCAUCUGAUAUCCUUUUCUAGCAAUUGGUCUUUCCUGAUCCAAAGUAAGCAAGUAAGUAAGUAAGUCUCGCCAUCCUCACUUCUAAGGUGCAUUCUGGCUAUACU